CGCUGCGGCCGCGUUGCGCCGCCGGAGGGAGCGGCUGUGACGGCCCGGAACCGCCAGACACGGAGGGGAGGAGGGAGGGAGGCGCUGCCGGGGCCCAUGGAGCGGCUCCGGCGGCUGUGGCGGGGCCGCACCAUGACCUACGGCGUCCCCCUGUUGCUCUAUCUUGUUGGGGGAUCUUUUGGACUCCGUGAAUUUGCUCAGAUAAGAUACGAUGUCCACAAACUACAUGGCACGGUUGAUCCUGCUUUGAAAGAAAAAUUAAAACAGAACAAUGUGACGCUGGAAUCUGAAUAUAAGAAACUGGAAAAAUCUGACUUGGAUAACUGGGAGAAUAUCAGAGGACCCCAGCUGUGGGAAGAUUCCAGAGCUGUUCAGAAGCAGCGGCGGGAGGCUGCCCGUCUCAAGACAGAGUGAUCGAGCAAGGCUACUUUGCUGCCCGCAGAAAAAAGUCUCAGGCUGGACUAUCUUUUUUUUUAUUCCACUGUCAGGAACAGACAUGGGAGGACAGUAUUGCUCUGAGCAAUUCAUGACAGUGUGUAUAACUCUGAGAGCAACCUGAAAGGCACCAUGUUGUAUGAAGCUCUUUGUUUGCAUCCAUUUGCACAGUUCCACAGGCUGUAUGUGAGAGUUCUCAAUAAAAAAAACACAAAUAGAAAACAACAGCUGAUUAUUCUACUGAGUAUAUCAGAUUUUUCCUUUUCCAUUUCAACAAUUAUUGUUUAAAACUGAGGUGCUUCAGCAAGAGAUAUCAUUUCAAGAGUCACUUCUCAGUACCACAGCAAGAACAGCAGUGCUGUCAUCUAGAUGUGUGUGAUCGGACAAAUGUCGCUUCAGAGAGCCCCUGCAUGACUUCAAGCUCUUAAGCUUGGAAGGGACUCCACAGGCAUAUCAACUGUUGAGGAACAGUGAGCCCAUUUUUGGCUAAAUAAUAUUCUUGUGUUUCAUUUCCAGGAGCUUGUCUGUGCAGAGGCAUGUGCAGAGUGUCAGCUGGAAAUUGGUCAAAUAAUAUUUUUUUAGCUAUGGGCAGAUAUUUGUGAUUGGUUUAUUGAUGCUUUUCUGCAGGCAGGACGUUUGCAUUGGAUCUUCUCAGCCUAACUUGUAAAACUCCUUUUCAGGGGAAUGGAGCAGUAGAGCACAGAUGAACAGAUUCUAGUUUCAGAGCAUUCAGUGACACCUAUGUGUAAAUCCCUUGGGAACUCACAGAGGUAUGGUCUUAUUUGUCUCUGCAAGAUAUAUGUCACAUGCAAUCUAAAUGCUAUAAGGAAAUGAUUAAAAAGUUAGAAUAUAGGGGCAUUAAGCUCUUCUAGAACUAGAAAAGAAGGAAAUUAAUUUCACUGUUUUGUUAUUCUUUUUUUACCUAAAAGGUAAAGUAACAUUCUUGGGCAAAUAAGAUAUAAAAUAGGACAGGUAAGAAGCAGCUGAAACUACCUACCUUGUUAGGCAACUUUUCAACUCUUAAAUUCAAAUUCUGGUGCAGUUCUACUGGCAGCAGCAAGAUUGAUUGCUCAAAGGACGUGAGUGCAUUAAGUACAGUGACAGAGUCUUUUCUGAGCUAGGGCUCCUGCUGAUGCUGGCAUCACGGCUGCUGUGCAGGUACUGGCUGGACCACUGGAAAUGCUUCUUUAUGUUCCUGGGCAUAGACCCAUCUUAUGAUGAUUCUACAAAUUCGUUAUCUGUUUCCCAGAGGAUACACAUCUUCCUUUUCCCAGCCUUGACUGAAGUUGCCAUUACUUUCCAUAUGGAGAGGCAUGAUUAGCUCCCAGUCUUGCAAUACUGGCUCGCAGGGUGGACCUAUACUACCCCUGAAACAGGCAUGUGGCUUUCUAGGAACGAUGUGUAGGAAAAGUUACCCCUUCCCCAGGGGAAGAAGAAAAGAUAUUUCUCUCUCAUUAAGCCCUUACGCAUAGCACUUUUCUUGAUGGACAAAACACUUGCUGCCUAUAUACAGAUCCUGUGUAUUUUUACGAAUUUGAUAUUCUACAAAAAGUAUUUGGUGCACAGCAAUCUUAUUUCAACAGUUUUGGAAUGUGGUUGUAAGUAAUUACUUCUUUGUAGAACACUUUUUAUGUUGUAAUUUAAGACUCAGUUUUGACUUUUGAUAUUUCUUAGAUGGUCGCUUGCUGAUAGGGGGGCCCCCCACUUCUCUUUUUCACAGGCACUACAUUUCCUGUAGUUUCCAUGAGCAUAUUUGUAACUACCUUUGAAAUGGCAUCUCUGGAAAGUGAUGGAAUUAUUUCAGCAUCUCUGAGCAAAAGUGACAUGCAUUUGGAAAACUUUUUAACUUGUCUCUUCUCUCCAAGUUAUAUAUAUGAAGACAUAGUCCCAAUUAGAAUAUUUACUGAUAGUCCACUAAAAAAAAAAUCCAAUCCCAUUUUUUUUUCAGCGUUGUUGAAUCAUUUAUGAAUUUCAAACAAAAACAAAAACAAAAAAACUUUUGACAGGUACGGGAGCUAUACUGCUGUACUCUUCAUUAAACGGGGAGAGCUGCCUCAGGAAUUUCUCUUUAUUGUCAUGCAUUUGGACAACAGCUUCAUGUUUUAUAUUGUGCUUUUCUCAGCCACAGAAUUGGAAGUAAUGCAUAUGAAGGGGCCAUGUUGAGAGAGUCAGUUAAAGUCUCUUAAGUUAUCACGCAUCCCAAAGUAGAAGGCACUCCAGAAAUGUAGAGAUUUAUAGUUCAUAACAAGAAAGAGAGAGGCAAACAUCAGUUGGUUCAGGAUUCACGCUUAGUUUGGCUGCUUAUUUUCGAAUUACCCUUUGGAAAGCCAUGUUACAGCAUUUCUGAUGAUCUUCAAGGCACCUGGGGACAACCCUGUUAAGUUCCUGAAUCAUUAUUCUCAGCCUCCAGAGCAUGUGGCUGAGGGGCCAGAGGUAAUGAAACACAACUGUCUGUCUGAGACACUGAUUGACGGUUUUGAGUUCUCUUUGGUAACUGGAAUGUACUGGUCUUAGGAGAAUGAAAACAAGACUUUAGUAGGAGGUGUGAAGUGUUAAAGGGGUAAAAGAGAGCGCUGAAGAAACCAGGUCUUCUAGUCAGUUUUGCAGCUGAAAUUGAAAAUAAAAGACAAAGAA